GUUUCGGCUCAUCGUACACAGUGUAUAUCUUGAGGAGUCGCGCCGACUGGCUGUGUGGCUACGACUGUCGAAUGUCGUCCAAGGUUCGCAGCAGCGCGUCGACAACGUCCAAGAAGUCGGACAAGACGUCGUCCUCGUCAGUGUCAGCCGAGAAAGACGACCGCAAUGCACGACUGCGCUCCCACCUCGACGACCUCGACACGUACAUGGAGAAGCUAUACGAAGAGGACAUGGAGUCCAAGCUCGACGGCGUCACGCAGAUUCUCAAUCUCUCGGAGUUUGGCGCCAACAUUGAGGUGCUCAUCCAGAACGAAGCGCUCAUGAGCCUGCUCUCGCGCGUCCUGAACGACGAGUACAAAAAGUCGUACGACUUUUCGCUCAACAUGAUGCGCAUCUUCUGGUGCUACUCGAACUUUCUCCAGCUGCACCCGAUUUUGAGCAACUACCGCAUUGGCGCGAUUACGCUCAAGAUUGUCGACUUUGAGGUCAAGCGCCACGAACUCCGGCGCGAAGAAGAGCGCGCGCUCGAGCGGACGAUCGCCGAGCAGCAAAAAUCAGGGUCGGAGGCCGACGCGGUCGCCAAGCUCAAGGCCGAGAAGAAGAAGAACAAGAAGCGGCUCAAAAAGCAAGACCAGCUAUUGUAUGUCUGUCUCAGCGUGCUCUUCAACCUCGCCGAAGACAUUCACACGGAGCGCAAAAUGGUCAAAAAGAAGAUUGUACAUUUUUUGGCCAAGAUGCUCGACCGCGUGACACCCGAUUUGGUCAUUCUCACGAUCGGGUUUCUCAAAAAAUUGAGCGUUUUCGAGGAGAACAAGGAAACUAUGAUCGAGCUCCAAGUACCGGAAAAGAUCAUCCGCUACGUCAAAUGCAACCACGACAAGACGGCCCAGAUUGCGCUCAAACUCCUCUUCAACCUCUCAUGGGACGCCCGCGUGCGCGAGGCCAUGGUCAAAAACAGCCUCGUCCCGAGUCUCGUCGAGCUGCUCAAGAAACCGCCUUUCCGCGCGCUCACACUGCGUCUCCUCUACCACCUCUCGAUGGACGACCGGUGCAAGUCGAUGUUUACGUACACGGAGGCGAUCCCAAUUGUCAUGCAGCUCGUGAUCAACUUUCCCCAAAACAUCGUCGCCAAGGAGCUCAUGGCGCUCGCAGUCAAUCUGAGCAUCAACGCGCGCAACGCAGAGAUGAUGACGCAGAGCAAGGGCCUCGAAGCCCUCGUCCAGCGCGUCCUUCGCACGCGUGACGUCCUCCUGAUGAAGUGCAUUCGCAACAUUUCCCAGUGGUCGUACACCAUCCAAGAAGAGCUCACGGCCGAGCGCAACUACAAGUACAAGGGGCUCUGGGCGCCGUUUGUCAUGCCACUGCUCGAGCUCGCGCAAGGCUCGGACAACCACGAUCUCGUAGUCGAGAUCCUUGGUACCUUGGGCAACAUGACCCCAAACGACUUGCCGGCCAAGACAACAUGGGACAAGCUCCUCACGCAGUCGGUCUCGGUGAUACCGUUCCUGAGCAAGCUGCUCGUGCGCGGCUUUUCUCAGGACGACGUCGUGCUGCAAGUGGUCAUGUUUGUCAGUGCGCUUAUGCUCGAGCCCAAGUGCGCGCCGCUGAUCACGUCAUCACGCAUUGUCCGAAGCUUCCACUUGAUCUUCCAAGACAAGCAAAACGACUGCGAGCUCACAUUGCAGCUACUCUUUUGCAUUUACCGUAUGCUCCGGCACCCCGAGACGCUGGAUGACAUUCUGUAUGGCUGCAACAUGCUCCCGGACCUGCUCCUUGCCGCCGACUCGGCCAAUAUCGAGGUGCGCCGCAUGUGCGAUGCGGUCCUCGACGUCAUCAUCGACCACGACAUCCACGAAGGCGAAGUCGGCGAGUUUGGCCGCCAGAUUCGCCGCCGCCGGUUUGAAAUCCACAACGCCGAGUACCUCAGCAUGCUUCACCACCACGACGCCCACGACGACGACGAGCACGAGCACGGCUUGCACCUUGGUGACGAGAACGACCACCUUCGCCACGACAACGACGACGACUACCGCCAUCGCAAAUAGUGUUGCGUUCCAACCACUCUAUAUAAUGCCUAACCCAUUUCUAUAUAAUUUCUAGCCUUGCU